ACACAGGAUCUCGGCCUAGCAAUAAGUCUCUAGAUUCUGACAGGGCCUCCCAAGCGACAGCAGGCAAUCCUCAAGAAUACCAUUGAUGAGCAAGUUGUUCAAUAUGGAGGAGCUUGGUACCAUCCCGGUAGUAUUGAUGAGGGGCAGCCAGUCAAUUGGGGGGAGUGUACUGACGAUCCCACAUACCAAGGUGAUGAGCAUCCGAUACAGUCGAGACUGAUUAAAUCAUUUUAUUAAGACAGGACAAAGAAAAGUCCUUGAGAAGACUCAGACAGGAUGGUACCAAGCCAAAUGACUGAUUAACCUGAGUAAGUGACUGUAUCAGAAGUGGGUAGAGGGGCCCGAGGAAGGACACUUGGAGAAAGGGUAUAACUAUCGCACCUCUAGGUGAGAAUGGUUAGAAGUGCAGGAAGGCUCCAGAGAGAGAGAGACGAGUGUGGAGAGGUCCCUUUAAGGAUUACAAGGAAGAUGUUCCAUGAUGUUGUGUGACUGUCUUCAAAGACUGGUAGUAUAAUUUGUUGGAAAUUUGUAGUAACUUAUUAAUGCAUGUUGUGUUCACUCUGUUCAUAAUAAACCUUGCUACACCAUAUUUGGAUCGUCGAGUCAUAUUUCGAACUAUGGGAUCGGAAAUCCCAACACAAUGGUGGGGCGGGAAGUGUGGGGGUCCUGAAGCAGACUGGGGAAUGCCGAGCGGAGGGAACGGACAGCCUUAUGGGGUUAGGAGGUCGGAGAGGUAGGAGGGGAGCAGGACCACAGAGGGCUUUGAUGGUAACAACGAUGGUUUUGUACUGGAUUCUCUGAGGGAUGGGGAGCCAGUGAAGCCGGGCAAGAACGAGGGUGAUAGGUUCUCGGACCUCGGUGCGGGAGAGGACACGAGCUGUGUUCAAAAGGUGCUGUAAUAUUCUGAUGGAGGGAAGUCUUGAGUUUAAAUCCUCCAGAAGCAAAACAGUCACAAUCAGCUUAUGCUGGAAAGUGAACUUUCAACCACAUCCUUUGAAUAUAAACAUCCAGUAACCAUGACAGUGAUUACUCACUUCGUGGAAAUCCUUACUGCUGAGCUGGUAGAGAGAGAGAGAGAGACAGCAAGAGCGAACACGAGAGAGCGAGCGCGGGGGAGGGAGCGAGGGAAGUGAUUCGGGCUGCCCUACAUUGCCCACAGUUAAUGCCCAGCAUGGAUAGAGAUAGAUUAAGAAUCCCUUCGCUGCUAUCCUCACUUCUCAUCCUUUCUUCACUACCUGCCCAUGUCAGCGCUCUUAAAGUGACGGCGUGCCAGAGCACAGUGACCAGAUUCGUGAACCAGGACUCCGUGCUCCCCGUGCUUUACGAGGCACCGAACAGCUCGGGAUUCCUGCGGAUACAGUGGAAAUUUUUAUCACGAUAUAGGACGGAGAUAGUGAUGACCCACAGUUUGCCAGAUACGGCUCAGACCAAAGGCUGGAUAAAACCCUUGUUUGUCCCUGACACCUACACAGGCAGAGUCACACUUUCUCCCGAAAAUGCUUCCUUGUUUAUCCGUGACCUGAGGCUGAACGACACCGGGAUGUAUCGGGUCACAGUGACGGAUUCAAAGAAAGAAUCUCAAGCGUACGUCAACCUCACAGUCAUCUCCCAACAAGUGACCAGCGCUCCUACAACAGAUAGUGGGGAGUCAAGACUGGUGAUAAAUGAGACAGCCAGCUUCGUCACGGCUGGUAUUGCCCUCCUCUGCCUCUCAAUACUCAGUUUGUUUCUCUUCUGCCUCAGAAGACGACGAAAAGCCUCUCAUCUCGCCCCGUCAGUCUGCUCUACAGUAGAUGGGAAUUCGACGGCAAAGACAGACACUUGCACGUGCUCACUAACCCGGCUGCCCCACUCCCAGCCCAGCCCGGAGGAAGUGACGUAUGCAGAGAUCAAGUGGAUGCCAAUGAGGAGACCGAACCCAGAGACCAGGACACUGCGUGCUCACGCUGACUGUGCACACACUGAGUACACCAGUAUCCGAGCUCACACGCACUGACACACACACACACACUAAGUACACCAGUAUCCGAGCUCA